AGCUGAUCGUCAGUGCCAAUAUCAUAUAUUGUUAUACAAUCAUUACAAUCGCGGGGAACUAUUAACCCGUGAUAAGAGAGCCGGAGCGCGUCGUUCCACGCGAUUCGUCCGCGUCGAAUGUUUUUAAUACCCAUAAUAAUAUUAUUAUGUCGUGCCCACAGUUGCAGACCAUAUCAUUGUUAUGUGGCAACAAAAAACAAUAAUAAUAAUAAUAAAAAUAAAAUAUUAAUUAUUGUUCGUUGAUAUAUUAUAUAAUCAUAUACGUUUUUCUCGCGUUCGAACGAGAUUUCGGCGUCCGUCCUGCAACCGAACGGCCUAACCUAUAAUAUCAUCGUCUCGCGCGCGGAGUGCUGGUGGUCGUCGGCGCGAAAAUGUCUGUCAUCGAUGAAGCGACUGUACCUCCCGCUGCGUCCGCGACCGUCGCCCGAGAAGACGGUUCCGAUCAUCGACGACGACGGCAACAACAACAACAACAACAACAACAAGACGGAUCGACGACGUCAGUCGGCGCCGGAGUAGCGACGUUCGACGACUUGGAGCGUCGUGGAUCGUGGACGCCAGACACGGACGCCUCUGCAGUAUCCUGCACCGCUGACGACGGUGUCACCGAUCGGACGCCACUGCUGACUCGGAGGGCGACGCACAGCGACGAAGACGGAAGCGUCUACAGCGACCGCGGACCGGAUAUCAGAGUCGUCGACGGGUUAGGUGAGAGUUCUAAGUACGGGUCCGUUAAUGAAGAAGUGUUCAUGAGCACGACACCAACAAUGACUGGAGCUUUUGUACGGCAACCGUCAAACAGCUCUGGUAAAGUGUACUGCAUACAUGGCAAACCGUCCGGAUGUUGCGCCACUCUGGUAUCGGCCGACGACAACAAUUCCAAUCACGAAACCCCAGACCCGGUAGACGGAAAAUCAUCAAUCACAAUCUUCAAUGAACAUUGUCAUCCGAACCGAGAGAAUUCGUCGAGCAGUCAGAAAGCUAGGAGAAAACUCAUAUUCGCCAGCAUACUAUGCCUGUUGUUCAUGGUCGGAGAGGGAGUCGGAGGGUAUUUGUCGAGUAGUUUGGCGAUCGCGACAGAUGCGUCACAUCUGCUCACGGACUUCGCCAGCUUCAUGAUAUCGCUUUGCGCCAUAUGGGUGGCCUCGAGACCAGCCACGCAAUCGAUGCCGUUCGGAUGGUACAGAGCCGAAGUGUUGGGUGCCCUCACGUCUGUUCUUCUUAUCUGGGUGGUCACCGGCGUGCUGUUGUACUUGGCAGUCGAACGACUCACAGACAUGACGUACACUAUCGACGCCGACAUUAUGCUCAUCACGUCCGCCGUCGGACUGUGCGUUAACUUGGUUAUGGGAUUGACGCUUCACCAGCACUCACAUUCUCAUGGUGGCGGCAGUCUCGAAUCGCACAGCCACGAGGGGACCGGCCGAAGCAGUUCUAACAUCAACGUUAGAGCAGCCUACAUACACGUCCUCGGAGACAUUAUUCAGAGCCUUGGCGUGUUGAUUGCCGCUGUUAUCGUAUACUUUAGACCUGAUUGGAAAAUCGUAGAUCCAAUAUGUACGUUCUUGUUUUCCAUACUAGUAUUGAUCACUACAUUUAACAUACUCCGAGAUACUAUGAUAGUGUUGAUGGAAGGCAUGCCAAAAGGUGUGAAUUUUGUAGAUGUCCUAGAAACAUUCAUGAGCAUCGAUGGCGUGGUUAGGGUGCAUAAUCUUAGGGUUUGGGCUCUGAGUCCAGACAAAAUCGCAUUAGCUGCUCAUCUGGCAGUCAAGCCUGGUGCGAACACUACUACAGUACUAAAAGAAGCUUCUCGCAAGAUGUACAAAAAGUACAAUUUCUUCGAUUGCACACUACAAAUUGAAGAAUUCGAAACUCAGAUGGAGAACUGCAAACAAUGUCAGCCGCCCAAGUGCUGAUCAAAAUGGUUGUCCAUCCACAACUAUAACCCUCACAACCCUCCCCCCACCAAACUUGUCGCCUAACGUGUUUAUUAUAAUUUCCUAUUAUAAUAUUAUAGUUUAUUACACCAUGUAUAUAAAACAUAUAUUUUAACCAUCGAUUCUCUAUUGCGAGAAUACUAAAUACUAAAUAUGUAUUUAUCACCCAUGCGCAUAUUAUUAUUGUUAUACAUAUUUUUAUAUGUUAAAGUCUUAUGUGUAUGUAUAUUAUAAAUAUAAUAUAAUAUAUAAAUAAUAUGUAUACGAUUAGUAUAGAUCAUAAACCUAAUAAAUUUUGGUUAUUUUUAAACGAUAAUUUGUAUUUAGUUAGGGUUUAUAAUCAAUACUAAUAUUAUACAAAAAUACAAAAUUAUGAUCGGAAUUUAUAAUUUCAGACAAAUUCAAUGUUUUGGUUGCAUACUUAACUUUUAUUGUAUAUUUACGACUUGUAAAUUCGUUAAAUGCUACAAUGAAUGUAAUUAUAAGAACUAAUUGUCAAGCUCAAAAAUCUAUUAAAAUAUAACUUAUGUAAGUAAACCCAUAUAUUUUUAAUAAUAAUUAAAAUAAUACAUUUUAAA